GCGGCCACCUUGCCGUCCAAGUACGACGGGAAAGCGAAUAUCACCUCUUGGAUUAGUUCCAUGUGGUCAUACUUCGAGGUCAUGCGGACACCGCAAGAAGACCGAAUCAUGAUCAUGGGCACUAAUACUGAGCCUGCCGUACGGAAUCACAUUGAACUCCAAGCUGUUGCUGCAGGUUAUGAAAGAAUAGACUUGACUGAGUGGCUGAAGGUAGCCCCUGUACGCGCCCUCGAGGACCUUCUCAUCACACGGUACCAAGAUAAGCAUGUUGCGCUCAAGGCUAGGCUGAAGCUUGAGGCCCUCAAGGGCCAAACAUGGAGGUCCUCCAUGCAGGCUUUGGAACAGCACUUGACUGGACUGUUCACCACUCUCGAUCUUGGAAUGACCGACGUGUCUUGUAUGGAUGUAGUCAUGGGAGUGGCCCCUAAAGAAUACCUCUCCCUGUUAGCACUCAAAGACCAUACCUGCUGGCGAGAGAUCAUGACGGAUCUAGUCAACCUAGAGGCCAAGGACCUCGCGAGGCGGAAGAAGGCGCCCGCUGCAGGUGGGAAACCACAACGCAAGCGGUAUGGAAGCAGCAACCAGCUUGCACUACAUGAACAUCGGGAGGUUGAAGAUCAGUCCUACGCAGAUGAUCUGUCUCUAGAUGACGAUCUAGAGUCGGACUCCGAUAUGGGUUGUUCCACAUCAGCCAUUGAGUCUGACGUGAACAAAGACAAAAAACUUAAUGCGUUUAAAAAGACUGCUUCAAACAAGGGGCCUAAACGUGGUUCGGGUAACGAAACUGUUGUCCACCUCCCUAAGAAUGCGAAGAUCCCUGAGAAACCGGAGGAUGCGUCUGCCAAGCCUUGGGAAGGCCUCCGUACCAGUCAAAAGGAAUGGGAAAGAAGAUCUAAGCUGCGCAUAUGCUUGCAUUGUCAAAAGCAUGGGCAUGCUGUGCAGGACUGUUAUAGACUUCAGGGAAACAAGCAAAGGGCGUAGAGGAGUCAUCAACACUCCCUACAACAAGGGAAGCUGGAACAUUAGUUGCAGGCCCCUCUAAUGAGCCUGAAGCUGAUCAACAGCCUACUCUUGAAGCCCGGAACGACGCUGAUUCCAAGGCUGCUGCACUUCAUGUGCUAUACACGGAGCCUUGGGAGGAGUCUAAGGAAGUCGCCUUCCAUGCUCACAUGGAACAUUGGCUGCAGCUCAAGCAACAACGCCGUGUUCAAGGGAGUGUGGAGCUAACCUUCUUUAAACUGCUCAUUAACCGCCGAUACACCCGCGUGCUGAUUGAUAGUGGUUCAACCACUAAUUUCUUUUCUCCUAACGGGAUUCGUAAGGCGGGCCUGGGAAUGAAGCAAGUGGAACUGU